AUGAAGAUUCAAAGUGUCUUCCUUCUUUUGGGAGUAGCUAUUUUCAGCACCACAUUUGCUGCGAAUAUGUUUGAGGCCAGUCAGGAUUUUGAGUUGAAGAAACCGCUAGUGGUUCCUGCUGCCGAAGCCAGCUACCACUACACGAUGAUCGAGGUUGACACGUUGGCAGCCGCCCAUGAGCCGCUUUUCGGACUUAUUGGAGUCAUGCUCCUUGACGGCGUGUUUACAUUCUCGGGAAUCGAGGAGACCUAUCUGUUGAAACUCAGAGAGGAGAAAGGGAAAAGAUGCAUGCCCUUCAAGGGCAUCAAUGUUGUCCACAAGUGUAACCACGAGUACUUUGCCUUGAAUGCCGAUUUCGUCAACAUGAAGAAAACGACAUUCCGCCAGACAGACAGCCUUGACACUAUCUGCCUCAAACUCAACGAACAACAAUCGCCUCGAAAGUUCAACGGAGCAAACGACUUGGGACUCAAAGGAAAGAAGUCGUCAAAUCUUGUAGUUCGUUUUGGAGAUCGUGUUCUGAUGGCCUAUAAACCUGGGGCCAACUAUAACAAGUGCAUUGGAACCUACGACGCCGAAGACGACUACUUCACAUGCAUGAUGCCAAACAACAAAGGAGUUCUUGAAGGAUUCGAGAUGACCAGCUUCUUGUACGAGACGCUGCAAGGCAAACCGCACAGAGCGGAUAACACGGUGGAAGUGUUCUGCAAAGUGCCACACGUCUAUCCAAACUCGAGAUAG